ACAGUCGUUCCGACGCUCUCGACCGUAACAGUCGCCUACUUCCUCCGGUUCUAGCAAACAAACGGCGCGAAUUCUCGAAAGCGAGCCGGCGCAAAGUCCAUCAGAACCGUUCCGACCGUCAGCUGAUUCGGAAGUGUUUAUUCCCCCGUCCCAGGUCUAGUCGCGCGCGCGUUCCCUGCUAGGGCCACUUGCCAAGUUUCUUCCCCUUUUUUGUUAUUUGUCUUGAAGAGGUGAGAUCGAUAAUUACACGAUAUCAUAACCAUCAUCAUCUUCAUCGUUCAGGCGAAAUAGUUUUAUAAAGCAGAGAUUCUUCCCCCGUCUUGCCGACCCGACCCCGAACUCUACCCCGAAUCUUCGAAUGGCCCCGUUGGUCCGCAGCACCAGCAGCAUGUCUCUGGUUCCGAUGCAGUACCGUAGCUGGUGGGACGACUGGGAUCUGCCCUUGUACGGCCGCAUGCUGGAAAAGUCCGUCACCCAGGAGGUCCUCGAGGAUCAUCCGUACUUCUGGCGUAACGCACCGCUUCCGCCACUGCGUUGGUCCAGCCUGUGGCGUCCGUGGCGCUACUUUAGUCUGCGGGACGUCGGUUCGCGCGUCGAUUCGGACCGGGAGAAGUUUUUGAUUGAGGUGGAUGUGCACCAAUUUGCACCUCAUGAAGUGACCGUUCGUAAAACGGAUAAGUACGUGACCAUCGAGGGCAAGCACGAGGAAAAACGAGACGAGCUGGGAUACGUGGCGAGGCAGUUCUCGAGGCGUUACAUGAUCCCGAUUGGCUACGACGCGAAUCUGAUCGUGUCCUCGCUGUCCUCGGACGGUGUCCUGACCGUCACUGCCCCCCGGAUCGGCCUGCCAGCGCCCAAGGUGGAAAAGUUUGUGCCGAUCUGGCACACCGGAAAGCCCGCCAUCGAGGACAAGAAAUUUAGAAUUGGAUUCUAUUUGAACUAGAAUUUGGCACCUUCGACGGCAAGCACGACACUCACCUUGAAAAGCGCGCGCGAUAGUCACAACCACAGCCCCGUGUACCACGUGGUUGUUUGCCGUAGCUGCAGAAGGCACCACGAGGACACUACCAAAAAAAAUAUUAGCAUUGCAAACAAGCAAAAGUCAGGACCACACAGAAACGAACCGAACCACACUUUGUGAUACACUUUUUUUUCUCCUUCGAAUAGAAUCACCUGAUCACACGAACAAACUAACCACCAAAACAUUAAAUCUUUGAAAUUCGAUAAAAAGUUUGACAUGCCGAAUAGCUAAUAAAAUAAUAUAAGUAAAAAAAUAAUAGAAUUAACUAACACGAACAUGCAAAUUGGCGAAAGCAGCAGCAGCAACAAAAUGUGAUUCAACCGCAACCACCACUACUUUCUGUUCUUGUCCUCUUACCUAACCUUACCUUACCUUCUAUGUGUUAGGAAAAUUUCGUUGUUACCUUGUUAGAUGUUUGUGAUUGGAUGAAUCAAACCCGACCCCUUUCCCUCGUGUGUUAUAUAAUAAACGUCACGUUUUCCCGAAAAUUGUCAA